AUGGCCUUCGCUUGGAAAGCCGCUGGCCUCAGCUAUAACCGAUACUUGGCGAUUGCCGCACGAGUUGUCCGACGAUCGCUGAAGGAAGGACCUCGACUUCACGCCGAGAGGAGAGGAGAGAUGGACCUCCGAUUUGCGAAGUGGCAGAAUGGCAAACAAGGCGAGAACAUGAGCUUAGGUGCUGCCAACGCAGACGCGAUGGCCGAGCACGCAGCACAGGAGGCGAAGUAA